GGGCGCUGGCGGCGGCGCCUCCUGCGGGGACAGCAUGCGGAUCGAGAAGUGCUACUUCUGCUCGGGGCCCAUCUACCCGGGCCACGGCACGAUGUUCGUCCGCAACGACUGCAAGGUGUUCAGAUUCUGUAAAUCCAAGUGUCAUAAAAACUUUAAGAAGAAGCGCAACCCUCGCAAAGUCAGGUGGACGAAAGCCUUCAGGAAAGCGGCCGGAAAAGAGCUUACAGUGGAUAAUUCAUUUGAAUUUGAAAAACGAAGAAAUGAACCUAUCAAGUACCAGCGAGAGCUAUGGAAUAAAACGAUUGAUGCUAUGAAGAGAGUUGAAGAGAUCAAGCAAAAACGGCAAGCUAAAUUUAUAAUGAACAGGUUGAAGAAACACAAAGAACUACAGAAAGUUGAGGAUAUCAAGGAAGUAAAGCAAAAUAUCCAUCUUAUCCGUGCCCCUAUAGCAGGCAAAGGAAAGCAGCUGGAAGAAAAAAUGUUACAGAAAUUACAACAGGAUGUGGACAUGGAAGAUGUUUCUUAAGAAUCCCACUGCCGAGAACCACUUCUAUACAGGCAUUGGAAAAUCUCCUUUGGAGUCUUGAGAUUUUGAAGUCAUUGUUUCAUUUUGUCUUAUGUUAGUUCCUUCAAAUGAAAGGUUUGAAGAUGCUUCUGCCUUGCUAUCUGCAAAGCUUAAGUGAGUGUAGAUAAUAAGUUGUAUCUCAGUGUCAACUCUUCACUGACAGAUAUACUUAUGUAAGUCUCGAAAAUUCUGUUGUAAAUAGAAAAGUGCUUUGAGAAAAUAAAGUCAUACUGUUUGAAUAUUGCGGCAUUUACAAAUAAUUGAUAAAACUUUUUGACUCAGUAUUAUAUAAAACAUUUUUGCUGUAAAAUAUUUUCUUUAUUAAUGUUGUAGAAGGAAAAUACAAUAAGGAACUAACAGUCUGUGAUGCUUAUGUAACUUUUGAUUUCCUUUUCUUUCAUUAAGCUCUCCAAAAAUUUUAGUGGGCUCCUAUAUUGAGGGCUAAUUAUAUUGAACUACGUUUCAAUAUAAUUAUAUUGGAUUAUAUUGACCUAACUUGAUUGGUGUGAUAGGUCGGGUAACAGUUGAGUUGUGUGUCCCUGGAUUGGCACUGCACUGUGUAACUUGACUUGGUUUCUGGUAACAGCUGUUUCUCUAGUUUCACAGUGUUUUAGAAGCAAGGGGGUCAUGUGCCUUUAAUAAAUUUAUUUUCCUGUAAAGUACGAAAAUUUUUUUUCAAAGUUGAAUUUAUGGGUUGCAUCUUUAUAUAUUGUUUGAAUAUAAAAUAAACUAUAAAGAUAGUG